GUGAGCAGAACCAAAAGCCGCUAACUUGAUUUAGUGCAUUUAGAAAACUCUUCAUGGUAAAAUAAAAAAAGCUAAAAUAGCGGUUGGUAUGGAAAUAAGCGGCGAUAAGGAGGUUUUAUUCAGUGGAUGGUCAUCACUUCCAUAUGACGUCACAGAUGCAACUACUUUUGUACUAAACAUAAGUACAAGCCACACAUGUGCUCAGUGGACCAAACAACGUAUUUUCAUUGAAUUAUAUCUUGGCCUAGCAUUGUUGGCAAACAUAUUUGCUUGUUACGUCAUAGCUACCACUGUGAGAAGAAGGGCAACUACAUUUGUUACGUCAUGCAUCGUAAUAGUGAACAUAUGUACUACAGCAAUGACAAUCCACUUGCUGUUCUUCCCUUUCGUUUUUACAGCAUCACUUCCGAAAACUCAAGUUCCAAACAAAUUUAAUCUUCAACCUAUCGUUGAAGAUGAUUUUGGAUGUUGUUAUCAAACUGGAGGAACAUCGUGUCGCAUCUCUGGUUUGCUACUGGGACUUUUUAUCUAUCUUCCUCUUGUUACAGUUACUGUGGCAACCAUAGAGAGAACAAUUGCGACGUUUGGUUGGCAGAUGUAUCAGUUUAGAUCUCACACUGUGUCUGGCAUCAUGCUUACCCUCUUUAUAAGCACAACUUUUGCCGUCAUCCUCUCAUUCACGUUACCAGCGCUUGGUAUUGGAACACAUUAUGUUUACAAGGAGUUCUUCAAAGUUUGUUGGAUAUCACACACGAUACAGACGUCCACCAUCAAAGGCUUGGUUUACUUAACAGCUGGCAUUGGUACAUUGCUCAUAUGCAUUAUGCUGGUGACGACAUUUCUUAUGUUUCGGGCGCAAAUUGCUCCGAAGUUCAGGUACGAGGAGGGUCGUGGUAGUCACUGCUCCUUGUUAUUCGGUGAAUUCAUGAUCGUAAAGUCAAAAACGUGGUUGACUUACAGCAUACUUUUCAUUUCAAUUGCUGUGGUUACGAUCGUCAUCUAUUUGCCACUUACAGUGGGAUACCUGUUGAGAUACAGUGUGUUUGCCGGUGGUACAAAUCAAUGGUUUGAUGUCAUGACGAACGUGGUGCUGUUGAUUAUUCCUAUGGCGAAACCGUUUCUUAUUUUAAUCGUUCAUAAACCCCACCGUAAGAGGGCGGCAGAGAUUUUUCGAUAUUGCAAUGCAGAACAGAAGAGCAGCAGAAUCUCUCCGCUUAAAAGUUCCAGUGUUGUAAGUAGCCCAGAACCAAGUUUCUCAAGGUUCGAAAACUCUAUAAGAAACGAAAGCUUUCUUGUUGAAAACUACGCGGGACCGCUCAGAGAACCAACUCGUGCUGACGCAAUUCGUUUCGGGACUGGGCAGAAUGCUGUGCGGAGAUCCAAUGAUCAAUUUUCCGCCAUGGACCGUAGGGAAACCCGAUCUCAGUGGCGAGACCGGAACUAUCGCGAAAGAUACCCAGUGUAUCGAGAGGCACCUGUUCAUCGGGUUAACCCGCUGUAUAGUUAUAACCAAGAAUGCGAAACUAGACUUAAAGAGCCGAAGGUUUCCGAUCGUUUCCGAAAUCAUCCAAACGAGCAUAAAACUCGACCGAAAGACCCAUACCAACAAGCCCCGGAUAGACAACAGCGGUUACAAAACGAUCUUUCUCUUACAAGAAUACUGUUACGCCACGCACAAAACUUUAAACUUUCACCAAGACAGCCACGGAAUACACGCGUCAAAGCGCACCGAAAGCGAUAUGAUUCAAAUCUCCCAGUGGUUCGACAGCGCAUAUCAGACCGAAGAAACGUCACUUUUUCAACUCAUGCUGAAGACCGAUACAGCGACUCUGCUUCUACCCCAGUGUCCAAAGUGAAGCGAAGUCAAUCUAACAGAAACCCAACAGAGCCAUCGUAUUCAGACCACACAUCCGAUCGCCCGAACUUUCGAGACAAACAGCGUGUAUGGAGAUUGGAUCGCGACGAAUUUUCGCAGAGAUCAGAACAAAACAGAGGACUUUACUCCGUACCUUACUAUCUCCCCGAAGUAACUGACACGCCAACAGGCGAUGUACCCACUGAUGAGAGCGGUACGUCACCACCAACGUAUUAUGACAAAACAAGACCGUUGCCACGUGACGACCGACGAAAAUAUCACUUCACAGAAGAUCGCGGGAUGAGGUUUCCAAGAAGUUAAGCGGGUCAUACGUAGUUAGAUACAAGUACACACAACGAGAAAUACAUGUUGGUGUGAUACACAAAGUGCUAGUUUUAACAAUGUAGGUGUCAUUGUACUUCAAUGAUCUAUGACAACCUACAGCAAGGUUCAAGUUCAAUCUACUUCUCUGUCAUCUCCUAUUCACCCGCCAAGUAGAACACUUGAAUUCGAUUACGGUUGCGAUAGCUAGUACUGCACAACGUUAUAUAACUAAACAUGCAAUAGCAGCGCUGUGAUCUGGUGUGUUACUAAAGUGUUACCUGUAAAUAACAAUGUGUUCUGUGCGUAUUUUUUGUUCGAUUUAACAAGUACCAUUUCUCAAUUUAAAUCUGACAAUACAAAAACGUGUUUGGUAUUAGA